AUGAUAAUUGUUGGAAUCAACAUAAUAAUAUUACUAUAUUUAGGUGCCAAUUUUUAUGCACCUGAACUUUUAAAGUCUUUAUUAAACAAAUAUAAAGAGUAUACUAAUAUAAUUCAAGAAAGAGUAAAAUAUUAUCCUUCUAUUUUUAGAUGUAAGAUUUAACUCUAUUUUAAAAUGUCAUCUACAACAGCAUUUUCUUUUUAAUCAGUUUUCCAUACAUGUCAUCAGAAUUUACGAUAUACUCAAAGGUGAAUUGGAGUUAUUUUCGAUUCUUCAAUACAAUUUCAGCAUCAUAUCGUUAUCUUUAAGUAUAAGAAUUUCAAUUUAUUCUAGUUCUUAGAAGCAAUACUAUUGUUGACAGCUUCAUUUCUGAAACCAACAUUAGCAGCAUAUCCUUUGAAUUUGUUUGCAUUUAUUUUGAUUUAUGAAAUAAGUAUACAGGAGCCAUUCUUUUUUAAAACUGUAUAAUUGUAUAGUAAUUAGCAUUCAGAUGAAACAAAGCAUUAAACAUCGAAUAUUAUGCAAGUUAUAGAUUGUGAUAUAAUACUUUUUGAUAAUAAUUUUAGCUUUAGAAUAUUCUGGAUUACCUGA